CUUGAGACGAUGUCACUCUCUCUACUCUCUUCUGGGGCGUUGUAGUGGAUGUAAUGCCGAUAUGUCGCAUUUCCGGUCGUGUUGGUGCAAUCACUGCCUGUACAAUGUGCUGCCAAUGUUGUAGCUGGAGUUACCAUGGUAAUGUGAAAAGCGCCAAACGCGAUGGAGCCAUAAGGGAUGAUGAUAUGCUCGAAGCAAUACAUCCCAUCGGAAAGAUAGAUCAUAGAGCUUGAACGGUAAGGAUGCGUGCAUGCGGCCUUUUGAUACUGUAACUUAGAGUACUGAUUGAUCGUCAUGGAAUUGAGUAAAAGUAUUUCUUUUUCCAUUACAAUUUUUGUCGAACUAAGAACUUCGUCUAAUCUGGCUUUAUGUUGCUUCUGAU